CUGUCUUUUUCAGCGGUAGUUGACUGGCAGCUAUUCUGCGAGCACAUAAUUGCUCCGUUUGAUGUGACCGAAAUCGUGGUGAAACCUCUAUCAGAUGUGCUUCAUAUUUUACUGAAAACAAAGCUACUGGACAGUGAGGAGUAUUUAUGGAGUCAGCAUGACGUGUUCAAUGUUAUUGAAGAGCUCACUACUUCUCCUGAGCCAUGGUCCUUCGACAACUUCGUUUCUCUACUUCUUCAUCGAACUGCUCUUAUUCCAGUUUCACUGGUUGCUCGUAUGAAUCAUAACUAUUCAGAUGAAGCGUGCCUCAUGUUUCUCUGCUUUAUGACUACAUCGUAUCGCUGGAACAUGAACGUUUAUGAAGUCAUUCAUCAGCCGAUUCUACAAACUAUGAGAGCUUUGACGAGAGAAAGAGGAAGGGAGUUUUACGACAAUAUUUGUGAUCAGUAUGCCAACAUGGUGAAGCAGUUAUCGAGCAGAGGCCAAGGUGGUGCCCAGGACCUGCGGAUUCUGAUGGCAGCACAUGCUGAAGUGUCGCCUCUGCUACAAGAAAUGUCUACUAUAUUGUGGUGA